UGGGGAACUUAAAGAAUGAUGGAAGUCUGUAAGUUUCAGACAGAUAUGUACACAGAAGGUAUGGCAGAUUUGAAAGAAAUGAUCCUCGUUUUGCCUCUGUGUCCACCUGAUCAGAAAGAGGCCAAGAUUGCCCAGAUCAAAGAGAAAGUAACAGAUCGUUAUCUCCCCGUGUUUGAAAAAGUGUUAAAGAGCCACGGACAAGACUACCUUGUUGGCAACAGGCUGAGCAGGGCUGACAUUCACCUGGUUGAACUUCUGUACUAUGUGGAAGAGCUUGACCCCAGCCUUAUGGCCAACUUCCCUCUGCUGAAGGCCCUGAAGACCAGAAUCAGCAAUCUCCCUCCCGUGAAGAAGUUUCUGCAGCCUGGCAGCCAGAGGAAGCCUCCUAUCAGUGAGGAAGAUUUAGAAAAAGCAAGGAAGAUUUUCAGGAUUAAAUGAAGCGGGCAUGGAUGGCCAGCACUUGCAUCUGGGGCUUCCAACAAUGAUGUGCGUUACCUGAUGUAAGAUGCUGAUGAUUGUGAGGCUAGUAAAGUUUUCAAAAGUAUAUAAUUUCAUCUACUAUGAAGAUUUGCAAAGCAAUUUAUUUUGUUUUUACCAAAUAUCAAAUCAUGAUCAGCCCCUAGGACAUCUCUUGGACUUAAAAAUAAAUAAAGGGAGAAAAAAAUUUAAUGGA